UAUUUUUCACUAGUGGAAAUCUAAUUUUGCAUUUAUAUAAAGUCAAUAUUACUAUUUGCUUAGAAGUAAACUGUCAAGUUUUGGUAAUCUGAUCCAGGACAGGAAAAGACAAACAUGAGUUGGAGAAUAAAGACUGCGGUGUCAUUAUGUCACUAGCAAUAAUGUUUUUGUGUAUCCACACCAAAACAGAAGCAUUUUGCAUAGAACUUGCACGAUAAUCUGUAGGUGUUGAUUACGUGGAAAUGUAUGAGCGAUUUAAAAAGCAGUAGUGUUCUGGUAAACCGAUGCCACAUACAAUAAAAAAGACAAUUCGGAGAAAAGCACGAGUGACUGACUGUGGGCGGAGACGAUCCACUUCUGCUAUUGUACAUACUGUGUCAGGUGACUUUCAGAGCAAUACAUACGGAGGAUUUCAUAUUUUAGACUACUGAAAAGUUUGUUUUGUUAUAGCGAUGAAUAAUACACGUAAGCCUAAUCGACAGAACAUCGGAUUUAUCAAGAUAUAGAUUCUUCAUAAAAGGCUUACUGUAUAAGGGUAGUUUCACUUUCAGUAAAUCAACAGGAUUCUACGGAAGAGUGGGAAUAAUGCAUGUGACCCUGUAAGGCCUUAAUUAGGGGGCUCCAAACUCCCCCAUAAUCAGCAAACUUUUAAAGUGAUGGCUGUAGGAUCCUGUAGCACAGAGAUUCAACAGCGUCGCGUGGAGCUGGUGGAGGACUACAGCAAACACCUGACACACCUUCUGGACGUGUUGUUUAAUGUGGGGGCAGUGACCGAGGAGGACCUCAGUUUUAUUAAAGGUUCUGCUGUUCGAGGAGAGAGAGAAUGUAUGAGAGUUCUGCUGGAUGUGCUAAAUGGGAGAGGAGAAGAAUCAUGCAGGGCUUUCCUCUACGUACUACCAAGUGUUCAAGAUAUGACCGCCAAACUAGGACAGGCCACCAGGCAUGAGCAUCUCAAAAAACACAAGGACAUCUUGGCUAGACAGCAUGGCCUGGUGGACUAUCUCAGCAUCAGAAGACAGACUUUAGGACAGGAUGGGAGUGGGUGCUGGACUGAUAUCACUUUUUCAAGACAAGCUGGUUAUGCAUUGUCUUCUCAAUGCCGACAUGAGUCAGCAGGAGUUGGGGAUGCCUCAAGGACACGAUUGGAUGAGAUCUGCAUUUUCAAGGACCUGUAUGAGAAUCUGCUGUGCAACCCAGCGAGUGGUGUGAACAUGCUGUCAGGAGUUGCAGGAAGUGGGAAAACCAUGGUUGUGAGACGCCUGGUGCGAGAGUGGGCUGCAGAAACCAAUUCGUCCAAGACUGUCCUAUCUCUGUCCUUUCUUGAGUUGAACCUCGUAACUCAUGAGCAGAGCUUGCAGGACCUGCUUUCGGAUCACUACAUUCACCUAAAACCUUUCCUGCCCGAGUUACUGAACUCGAACCCAACACAGUUUUUACUCAUCUUAGAUGGUCUGGAUGAGUUCUGCUACCCUCUUAAUUUCGAACAUACUCCUAAGUGUUCAGAUCCUGAUCGGUUGCAGCCUAUACAAUCCAUUGUGGUCAACUUAAUCAAGGGAAAUCUGCUUCCAGGAAUGUCCAUUUUCCUUACUUCACGACCUCAUGCGGUCACCAAAGUCCCUCCAGUUCUGGUCAGCCAGUUUUACAGUCUGCUCGGUUUCUCUGUAGCUCAACAGAAGCAGUACUUUGAGCGGAACUGCAGUUCUCCUGAGGCUGCCAAGGCAGUGUGGGCUUCGGUGUCGUCCCAUAAACCCCUUCUGCUCAUGUGCCACAUUCCUGCAUUCUGUUGGAUCGUGUCCACCACCUUGCAUGAUGGUGGCUCCUGCCUUUGUCCCGAUACUGCAGGUGCCAAUUCAGGAGAAAAUGGAGGCCUUGAGGAAGCCAACCAAUCAAACUCUUUAUUAGGACCUUCUGAGGAGAACUCCAAACCAGUCACGAUCUCUGAAAUCUACUGCUGCUUUGUUAAAUCCAUCUUGCUAUUCCAUGUGCAAGGGCGUAGCGAGGGCUCCUCACUUCAGCAUGCCCCUCACAUCCUUGGGGAAAUCCAGCCUAUUCUCAAAAGCCUGGGAGCUAUGGCCUUCAAAGGCCUCCUGGAGAGACGGUUUAUCUUUGAAAGCUCUGAUUUGAACUCUUUCAAUCUGGAUAACACCAAACUCUCACAGGUGUUCCUCUCUGAGAUACUUAAAGAGGAUCGAGCGUCCCUCACCUUUGAAAAGGGCUUUCAUUUUAUCCACACCAGCUUGCAGGAGUUUCUGGCUGCCCUGUACUAUGUUCUCCAGUUGCUCUCAGGAUCAAAUCCAUUUUCAGGCCUCAGACCAAGCACAGGCCGCUAUAUCCAGAAUGCAUUUAAGCAAAUGGCAUCAGCCUUUAACAAAUUCAGCAGACCGCAGCGUCUCUUCUGCAGACGGAUUAAGAAAGCUCUUCGCUGUGGUGAACGACAUCAAUCUGGACACAUGGAUCUUUUCUGCAGGUUUGUAUGCGGCCUGCUGGUUCCCAGAACACGUCUCAUCCUAAAUGGAUUUUUCCCCGAUGGACCCAAGUUGCAUCUGCUCCAUUGCCAGCGCUCUCCAGACCCGACUCCACCUUUCCUUCUCCAUCUGUUACACUCCCAACUCCAGAGCUCCACCCUCAGCCCGGAGAGGAAGGUCAAUAUUUACCACUGUCUAUAUGAGGCCCAGGACCCUGGUUUGUCACAGCGGCUACAGAGUUGGAUGAAAGUUCUUUCACAGCAGGCCUUAGAUCAGUCCUGUUCGGUAAACCGGGAUUGGAGCGAGCUGGCUUUCCUGUUACAGCUCACUCCAGACCUGCAGGUUUUAAAUUUAGAUGCUCAAGGACUCGAUGCUGACGGACUACGCCGGCUCCUACCAGUCCUUCCACGUUUUUCAACGCUUAGCCUGGGCCAGAAUCCUCUUGGUUCAGAGGGAGCGUCUGUGUUAUCUCUUGUUCUGAGAAACCCAGAUUGUCGAAUUCAGAGGCUGUGGGUGGUUGCGACAGGACUUGGCUGUGAAGGCCUGAAGAUCCUUGUAGAAGCGCUGAAAGAAAAUCGCACUGUGACUGAUCUCAGAAUGGCCAUAAAUAAAAUUGGAGAUGUUGGAGCUGGUUACCUUGCAGAAUUGUUGAAGACAAAUCGCACACUGACGGAUAUCAGACUUCGUGACAACCUAGUGACAGACGAAGGAGCAGAAGUCCUUAUGGCUGCCCUGAAAGAGAACACUACAUUAGAGUAUCUGUGGUUGUUUGACAACAAGUUAACCAAAGAUGGCGUCAAGAAACUCAAAGAAUUUGCAAAUACCAGACCAAACCUUGACAUUAAAGCUUGUGUCUGACCCACAACCAACAAACUGGUGGAGUAACAACUGGUUCAUGACAAACAUUUUCAUUCACACAUUUUAUACAUACAUUGUUUUACAUAUUGGUAAAAUUGCUCUGAUAUAUUACUUUUAAUACAUAUUAUUAGACUGUUAAAUGAAUAGUUCAGCCAAAAAUGAAAAAUUGCAGAAAAUGUACUCACCCUCAAGCACAUCCAAGAUGAAGAUGAGCUUGUUUCUUCAUUUGAACAGAUUU